CUUUGGGCUUCGGUUAAAAUUGAAAAAUUUUGAAAAUAAAACAACCCAAACGCCACUAAUUUGCGUUUUUAUUGUUUAGAAAGCUUCUUUGCAGAGUGCUCUAAUUAAACUUUUAUUUUAAAAGUAUGACAUCUACCAUCUACGAUGAUUAUGAGCCGAAGUUGGGGACAGCUUUCUGGAACUGGGUUUCUUACUACGUGCAAUAUGAUAGGUUCGAAGAGAGAGUUGGUGAAUACCUACAGUACCAUUACUACAUUCGUGGUUCCUUUGAUUUAUUGGAGACCCUGAUUGUUAUUGCAUCGAUUGGACUGAACCUAUUUUGUCUGUUUGCCUUUUUCGUGGUCGAGGAACUGCGCUCAGGAGAAUACUUUCUUCUCGGUUUCCAAUGCUUCUCUGAAGUUGUCCACAGCUGCAUUAUUCUCGUCGCAAAUGUAUUCAAAAGCUGGUUGUAUUUGCAGUCUCAUCUUUGUAUUCGCGACUUCGAGACGAUGACGGAGAAUUUUCUCGAAAGCUGGAAAAAACACCGUACAGUAUUUGUGACCACUGUAUCUCGGAAAAAUUUUUCAUUCGGAUCACCUUGGUUACAGUUAUUCAUAUUGGGGCUUUCGUUUUCUCGGGAGUCGCCUACCUAAAAGUGCUGUUGUUUGUGAAAAGAAAAGAAAAUGAAAACAAGCAAAUAAACACAACUAAAAGACAAGCAACGCGAGCCGAGAUUAGAAUGCAAAUUCUGGCUCGAGUGUUUGGCUUUAUCAGUGUUGCUUAUGGAGCAAUUUUUGUACCCCUGUCACUGGCAAAUCUAGUCGUGCAGCUACAAAUUCGGAAGACUGUUGGGGCUAUCAGUGCGUCAACAGAGGAUUUUGGUGAUAUUGAUUUCCAUUACCGGGUUGACUACAUACCGGGUAAAAGCGAUGAAGUAUAUGACAGGACUUAUCAAUUGUAUCGAUGUCAAACAAUCGAAGUUGGGUUCAUUGGUCUGUCACGGCUCUUCCCUGUUGUUAACUGCAUCAUUUUGAUUUUUCUUCUCGUUCAUAUGAAGAUUGCCGCUAAGAGGACCCGCAAUUUCCUUACUCAGAAGAUGGCAUGCAGAUAAAACGAGAACUCGGUUAUCAUACCUAAUCCUUUACUGAUCAUUUUGGUUU